AGAAGUUGGCUCUGAGUUUAAAGGAAGGUAGCGAGCUGGCUUUCUUACAGGUCGGUUUACAGGUUUGUACCAUUACUACACUGUAAGUCUUUCAGUUAAUCAUGAGAGGGGUUGCGCUUUUGAUUUUCACAGCCUGUAUUGCUGUAGUAGCUAGUUUCAGUCUAUCCUGCAAGUAUCCGCCAUCCGUUUGGUGCUCUUCAUUGGAAAUUGCGACUGAAUGUGGGGUCCUUCGGCAAUGUCCGGAGUUCAAUAACACGAAGGCUGACUCUAAAGUGGAAGUGGCUCUCUACUAUGAAUCUCUGUGCCCUGGUUGCAGACAAUUCUUCGCUUUGCAGCUGUUUCCCACAUGGGUCAUGCUACGUGACAUCAUGGACGUUCAGCUCAUCCCAUUUGGAAACGCACAGGAGUCUACUGCUGGACACUUCACUUGCCAACAUGGGGAGGAGGAAUGCCUGGGCAACAUGAUUGAGACAUGCAUACUGAAUUCAACUGACUUUGGAACAGCUUUUUUUACCCUCUUCUGCAUGGAAUCCUCUGCAAAUGUGGUUAAAUCUGCCGAGACCUGUCUUGGACUCUACUCACCUACAUCAAAUUGGGAGUCCAUCAUGACCUGUGUGAAGGGAGACCAAGGGACCAAGCUGAUGCAUGAGAAUGCAGUCAAGACUGGGGCACUGAAGCCACCUCAUGAAUAUGUGCCCUGGAUCACCAUCAAUGGAGAGCACACUGAAGACCUUCAGGACAAAGCAAUGGGUUCCCUUUUCAAUCUGGUUUGCGGCUUGUUUAAGGGUAAGAAACCACCGGCCUGUGCCCCUGCAGUACAGAACAAAAGCAGAAGUUACUGUUUCAACUAGUCAGUGAUACCUUGAUUGUGAAGUACUGUAUCACACACAUACACACUUUUCAAAUGCCUCAUCAUGUCAGACAUUCUGAAUAUUGAAAUAUAUUCUAGUUCUGUUAAACGAUGUUUUAAAUGAUGAUGUGGCUAAAUUCAUUUUAUUAAAGGGACAUGAGACACUUUAAAAAAAAAAAAAUGAUUGCUACAGUUACAACCAUCAGUGUUGGAAACACUAGUAAUUACACAUGAACAAUUUUUGAUGCUGACAAUGUUUGUGUUAUUUGUAACACUGUCAAAAACAAUAAAUACUUUAAAUGAAAAGUAA